UGCACUAGUUGCCCAGACGGCGUCCGCUCCGCUCAAACCUCCGAGUGUCUGCGUCUCUGCUGCGGCUGCGUUGCGCACAGGCUGGAGAGCGAUGACAAGAGCCCCGCGGAACUGGCCACACAAACAUGGAUCUCCCUAAAACGCUGAUGUCGGUGCUUUGGAUAUUAUUGCUGAACCGAGUAGAAGACUGUAACGCAGAAGAAGUGGUGCUGCUCAACUCUAAAGAGACUCAGGCUGAGCUGGGCUGGACGUCAUAUCCCCCCAAUGGAUGGGAGGAGAUAAGUGGCGUGGAUGAGAAGUACAAGCCGAUCCGCACGUACCAGGUGUGCAACGUGAUGGAGCCCACGCAGCAGAACAACUGGCUGCAGACCGGCUGGGUGACCCGCCGAGGCGGCCAGCGCAUUUUUGUGGAGCUCCAGUUCACGUUGCGAGACUGCAACAGUAUCCCAGGCGUCGCAGGCACCUGCAAGGAGACCUUCAACCUCCUGUACGUGGAGUCGGACAGAGACCUCGGCGGCGUGACCCGAGAGGACCGCUACACCAAGAUCGACACCAUUGCUGCCGACGAGAGCUUCACGCAGGGCGACCUGGGCGAGAGGAAGAUGAAGCUGAACACGGAGGUGCGAGAAAUCGGCCACCUCAACCGCAAGGGCUUCCACCUGGCGUUCCAAGACGUCGGCGCCUGCGUGGCCCUGGUGGCCGUGAGGGUGUACUACAAGCGCUGCCUCGCCACUGUGCAGAACCUGGCGGUGUUCCCUGACACGGUGGCAGAGGCAGCCUUCGCCACGCUGGUGGAGGUGCGCGGCGCCUGUGUCAACAACUCCGAGGUCGACACGGACAGCCCUCCCAGGAUGCAUUGCAGUGCCGAAGGGGAAUGGCUGGUGCCCAUUGGGAAAUGCAGCUGCAGCGCCGGUUACGAGGAGGGACACAGCAGCUGUGAAGCAUGUCCUGCUGGCUCCUACAAGAUGUCCUCCAGGCAGCAGGAGUGUUUCCCCUGCCCAGCCAACAGUGUCGCGGAGGAGGAAGGAUCUGUGGUGUGUGCAUGUGAGGAGGACCACUUCAGGACUCCUUUGGACACUCCCUCAGCACCAUGCACGCGCCCUCCCGCCCCUCCUAGAGAUUUGAUCUACACCCUGAAGCAGUCGACAUUGAUCCUGGAGUGGGCGGCGCCGUCCGACACAGGUGGCCGGCUGGAUCUGACCUACAGCGUCGGGUGCCGGCGGUGUCUCGCGAAGCAGUGUGAGCCGUGCGGGGCAAGUGUCGGCUUUGUGCCUCAGCAGGUUGGCCUGACUGAGAAAACGGUGACCGUGGUCAAUCUUCUUCCAAACACCAACUAUACCUUCACUGUUGAAGCCUUAAACGGAGUGUCAGAACUGCUGCCCAAUAAGAGGUUCUACACACAGGUCAACGUGUCCACAAGCCUUCCAGCGCCGUCUCUGAUCAGUGAGCUGCGAGCGGAGAAGAUCGAGCAGAAGAGCAUCACGCUGGUGUGGAGAGAGCCCUCCUACCCAAACAGCAGCCGCACCGAGUACGAGGUCAAAUACUAUGAGAAGGAACAAAAGGAUCAGAGUUAUUCUACGGUGAAGACGGCCGCCACUCGCAUCAGUGUCAACAACCUCAAACCUGGCACCACAUAUGUCUUCCUCAUCCGCCCGCUGUCCACGCCGGCCUCCUCCUCCUCCUCAUCCCUGUCCUCAUCACUCUCCUCAUCGUCUUCUUUGUCUUCCUCCUCCUCUUCUUCCUCCUCCUCCUCUUCUAACCCUUCCUCACCCUCCUCAUCCUCAUCGUCCUCCUCUCCGCCGCCUAUCGACUACGGGGCGUACAGUGCUCCCCUGGAGUUGCAGACACUUGGCGAGCUGGCUCUGGCGUCCAGCGAGCAGAACCCAGUGGUGAUCAUCGUUGUCGUGUCCGUGGCUGCCCUGAUCAUGCUGCUCUCCAUGGGAGUCGGGCUGCUCAUCUGGAGGAGCAGCGUCUGCUCGGGCUCCUCCAAUGUAACUCCUGCUAGUGUGGUGCUGCUCUCGACCUCCUUCUCCACUCUUCCUCCUCCUCCUCCUCUUCUCUCUCCUCUUCCUCCCUUCACUCAGCUGAUGCCCAGACAAUGUGGCUACAGCAAGGCUUCUCAAGAGGGAGACGAGGAACUCUACUUCCAAUUUAAGAUCCCAACACGGAGGACCUACAUUGACCCGGAGACCUGUGAGGACCUGCUGCAGGCUGUGCACGCCUUCGCCAAGGAGCUGGACAACUCCAGUAUCAAGAUAGAGAGAAUAGUACAUACAGGCGACUUUGGGGAGGUGUGUCGAGGCUGUCUGAAGCUGCCCAGUAAAAGAGAGCUGCCCGUGGCCAUAAAGACAUUAAGGGCCGGCUGCUCAGACAAACAGCGCCGCUCGUUUCUAAGCGAGGCUGGAAUCCUGGGGCAGUUCGACCACUCCAACAUCAUUCGACUGGAAGGCGUCAUUACCACCGGUAACACCAUGAUGAUCAUAGUGGAGAACAUGUCUAACGGAUCCUUGGAUUCCUUCCUGAGGAAACACGAAGGCCAGCUGAGUGUGAUGCAGCUGAUGGAUAUACUGACCGGCGUGGCGUCGGGGAUGAAGUAUCUCACUGAAAUGGGCUUCAUCCACAAACGGUUGGCCGCACACAAGGUGCUGGUUAACGCCAACCUGGGCUGCAAGGUGUCAGGAUUCAGACCUCUGCAGGACGACAAGAUAGAGGCCAUCUACACCACACUGCACGGAGGGAAGAGUGUGGUGCUGUGGACCGCUCCGGAAGCCAUCCAGUACCACCGCUUCUCCUCCGCCUCAGAUGUCUGGAGCUUUGGCAUCGUCAUGUGGGAGGUCAUGUCCUACGGAGAGAGACCCUACUGGGAUAUGGGCAACCAGGAUGUGAUCAAAGCCAUCGAGGAUGGUUUCAGGCUGCCGGCUCCAGUCAACUGUCCCCCACAUCUCCAUCAGCUCAUGCUGGACUGUUGGCAGAAGGAGAGGACGGAGAGGCCCAGCUUCAGCCAGAUCCACUCAGCCCUCAGCAAGAGCAUCCGCUCCCCCGACGGCAUCGGCUCCUCCACACUGGCGCGCAGGACUCUCAGUUCGUCCAUUACACUCGCAGAACGACCUCUUCCGUCCUUCCCUUCCUUUAACUCGGUAGGAGAGUGGCUGGACGCAGUGGACAUGGGUCGAUACAAGGACAACUUCACUGCUGCAGGAUACUGCUACUUAGAGUCUGUGGCACGAAUGACUGUACAAGACGUUAUGAGCCUUGGCAUCACUUCCUUAGAGCACCAGAAGCUCAUACUGGCCGCCAUCCAGACGCUCAGAGCCCAGGUCAUCCAGAUGCACGGCCGCGGUGUGCAGGUCUAACACGGAGUCCACUCCACGAGUCCCGCGCCGCCGCCGCCACUGCAACAGACGGACGAUGGGAUGGAGGAGAGGGGGAAGACAGAGAGACAGAGAGAGUGCUCUCCUAGACUCCUCAUUCCCCACUUUUCCUCCUUUCUUUUUGUAAUAAUCCCCCUCGCAGACGAGCAGUGUUCUUGUUGUGAUAUUGGAGGAGUGACUUUUUUUUCUCUAUCUGAAGUGCAGAUAGAGGUCAAAUGAAAUGUAACGCUGGCUCUGUCAGUCCUGAAGCUGACGACAGAGAUACACUGACUCACACUAGAUAUGGAUUAGUGUGCAAAGAGACACAUUUUUGGUGGAAUGUCCCUUUACCACGACAUUGAUUCCCUUAAACACACAUUAUCAGAGUCCUGAACUGGUUUACUGGCCCUGGAUCAAAGAACACUCUCCUCAGAUUUUUUUUGUACAUCUUAUUCACUUUGAAGACACAAAAUGAAGUGAUCUCACAUCGGAACGUUACUGCAGAUUUGAACACGUCUGGAUUAUAAUCUGUGGUUUCAGAGCAAAGCAGCUUAAAGACGACUGUGCUGUCCCACGCUGAGGCUCCAGUGGCUGCAGAGGAAGUCCAGUCUGUGUUGUCUUAUAUACAGCAUUUAA